GUCUAAAAACUAUAAGUCCAAACCUAAGAUGCUUUUUGGUAAAAAUAAAUUUAUUUUUAUAUACAGUUCAUGUCACCAAGGAGAAUGGAAUGCUACUCUCUCGCAUAAAGUGUGAGAGUUAAAACCAAAGCUUUCUAAGCAAAAACAAAUCAUUAAAUUUUGUUUUUUUUUUUGCUUAGAGUACAGUAUUUCAAGAUUCACAUUUGAACAGAAAUAGCAUAAAAUUACUUGAUGUUUUUCUUCUUGAGACUUCAGACUUUCUAAUGAUACAAAAUAUUGUAGUGGAAAUGAUGCUGAUGUUGAUGUACCCUUUUGUGGAACUACCCGCAACUAAUAAGAACAAGAAGGGCUUGUUAUGAUUGGUUUCUAUUUUUUUAUAGUAUGACAGAAAAUAUAUCAACGCAUAUAUUAGAACGUUUUAAAGAGACGGAUGAAGUCCACAAAAUUAUUGACCAAACUUUGAAAAUUCAUAAUGACGACAUCCUGCUUGAAACUGAUUUGGAAAGAUUGACAGUUAUACUGGAUGAAUACCAGGAGCAACCACAUCUUCUUGAUCCUUUUCUAGAGCAGUUUGUGACGAAAUUACUUGAUAUUGUGAAGUCAUCAUCAACACAACAAGCAGCAUUUCAUCAAGCAUUCAGAUAUCUCUAUCUAUUUACAAAGGUUCGUGGUUAUAAACAAAUCAUUAGAUUGUUUUCCCACGAUGUUUCUGAUCUUGAAUUCGUUUUAAAGUUGUUGCAUGAACAGUCACCUACAGAAUACCAGACUUGGGAAACUCGUUACAUAUUGCUCCUCUGGCUUGCAAUUGUUUGUAUCAUCCCGUUUGAUUUGAAAAAGCUUGAUGGUGCAAGUGUUAGUGAUGAUGAAUCUGUUCUUAAUAGAGUAUUGAAAAGUGCACUACCUUAUUUAAAUGUUUUCGACAAGUCUAAAGAUGCAGCUGCUUAUCUUACUGCAAAGUUUUUAACUAGACCUGAUGUAAAAUCAGUUAAAUUACCUGAAUUUUUCAAUUGGGCAUUGGAUGUACUUCCUACAGCAGACAAAAGUACAAUGAUAGGAAUGCAUACAAUCACUGGCGUGCUAGCAACUCUGGCUUUGAUUUUUAAACACGGCAGAAGAGAAGACUUAUUGCCACAUGCAUCAAGAAUUUUUAACUUUGUUGAACAAUUGGAAGUUCUGGAUAUCCAAAACACUUUGAUCAGAAAGUUGGCUGUUAAACUUGUGCAGAGAGUCGGCCUGGUGUUUUUGGCUCCUCGCGUAGUGUCGUGGAGAUACAUGAGAGGAAGCCGAUCAUUGGGGGAAAAUCUACAAUUGGGAACUGUGCCUACAGUAGAAGAAAAAGAUGAAGGAAAGAAAAACACUAACGAAGAAGAGUUUGACAUUCCAGAAGAAGUUGAAUCUGUGUUAGAAUUUUUGAUGACAGGUUUAAAAGAUAAGGACACCAUAGUUCGAUGGUCAGCUGCAAAAGGAGUUGGCCGCAUAACUGGGCGUUUACCAGAAGAACUUGCUGAUGAAGUUGUUGGUUCCUUGUUAGAACUUUUUACGUUUUCUGAACUUGAUGGAGCCUGGCAUGGAGGUUGUCUUGCAUUAGCGGAACUUGGUCGAAGAGGACUUUUGCUGCCAAGUCGCUUGCCUGAAGUUGUUCCUAUUGUAUUGAAAGCAUUAACAUAUGAUGAACGAAGAGGAUCAUAUAGCGUAGGUUCACAUGUUCGUGAUGCAGCCUGUUAUGUAUGCUGGUCAUUUGCGCGAGCAUACGACCCACAUCAAAUCAAACCUUUUGUGUUGGAUAUCGCUAGAGCAUUACUUCUUGUUACUAUAUUUGAUCGAGAGAUAAACUGCCGUAGAGCUGCCUCUGCUGCAUUCCAAGAAAAUGUUGGCCGACAGGGCUCCUUUCCUCAUGGUAUCGAUAUUGUGACUACUGCAGAUUAUUUUACUGUCAGUAACCGCACAAAUUGCUACAUUAGUUUAAGCGUGUUUGUUGCUGAGUUUCCCGAGUACACACAAGCUUUGAUAGAUCAUCUCGUUGCAGUUAAAAUUUCCCAUUGGGAUAGUGCGAUCCGCGAACUUACAUCACAUGCAUUACAUAAUUUGACUGCUGUAGCACCAGUGUAUAUGUUGGAAACAGCUCUACCAUUGCUAAUUAAUCAAAUGCAAUCGAUUGAUAUCUGCACGAAACAUGGCGCCAUCUUAGCAGUUGGUGAAGUUGUUCAUGCGUUGUCUGAAGAAUCGCGAACAAAGACAAAUAUACCCCUUGUGUUAAAUGAUUCCAUUUUGAAUGAAGUGAUGGGCUUGGUCAGUAAGUUGAAAAGGACAAAUCAGUUUAGGGGUUAUGGUGGUGAAUUAAUGAGAAAAGCAGUUUGUAGAUUGAUUGAAAAGAUUGCAUCUUCAGAUGUUAAGAUAAAUGAUACAUCUGUGUUAGACGACUGGCUGUUUGUGAUAGUUGAUACAAUUUCACAUACUGCACCCACUGUACGGUAUACUGCUAUCACUGCAUUGCCGCCCUUCUGCCAGCAGUAUAUGACGUCAUCUACGCAUUUUAAGAUAGAUAUUCUUGUUCAAAGCUUUUGCUCGAAGUUAAAAGCUCCUUUAAAAUUUGACAGAAUGGGCUUUGCACAAGCACUUGGUGUAUUACCAAAUUUUAUGAUCGAAUCAACAUUCUCAGAAGUUGUAAAAGAAUUGAUUGAAACUUGUAAAGUUAGUGAAAACAAAUCAAAUGCUGGUAUUUAUGCUGAAGCAAGGUGGAAUGCAGUUGAAGCAUUGUUAAAGAUAUGUAAAACUGUUGGUGUAACAUAUGAGAAAUUAAAAAUUCAAGAUAUGUACGAUUGUUUUUUCGAUGGUUUAAAAGAUUACACGAUGGACAGUCGUGGUGAUGUGGGAGCCUGGGUGCGAGAAGCAUCAAUGACAGCCCUGGUUGAACUCACCUACAUGUUGGUCGAAGAGAAAACGGAGCAUUUUACGCCUGAUAUUUGUGAGAAGAUAAUGUGUUGUCUUGUGCAGCAAGCAUCAGAAAAAAUCGAUCGCACUCGUGUUCAAGCUGGAAAACUUUUGUUGCAGUUCAUCCACCAUAGUCCUGAAAUACCAUAUAUAAAGCACAAAGAAGAAUUGACACAGUUGCUACCAAACUCGAUGUUGAGUUCGUUAAAUUGGUUGGCGCCUGAUGAAGGUUUUGAAGCUAUCACAAGAUUACUGCACUUGAAAACAUAUCAGUAUUCGAUCCUUCUUGGACUAACAAUAAGUGCUGGUGGUCUCACAGAAUCUUUGGUGCGGCAUUCAUCAGAUUACUUGUUAGCCUUUUUAACCAAGUAUCAAGAGAGCGAAACUGAUCUCGAUGUGAUUACAGAGAAUUUGUUGAAAAUAUUCCAAACACAUUCAAAAGAUGACAGAGUUGUGAUACCGAUGUUGAGAAUGUUGGAUAUAAUUCUUUCAUCUGGAAGUUUAGAACUUUAUAAUGAUAUACAAAAAAGUCAAAAGUUUCCACUCAAGUUGUUGUUGUCAAUCAAAGACGAAAUGAAGUCUUGUGGAGAAGUGAAAAAAAUUUUGGCCAGUAUUAAUAUAUUUUGCGGACUGCUUCAAUUUGAAGGUGAUGUGCGCACAAAAUCGUUACAACAUGUCAUGAUGUAUCUCUGCCACAAAUACCCUCGAAUUCGUAAAGCCACAGCAGAGCAACUUUAUACCACCUUUUUGACGUAUGAUGACAUCUUACCUGCAGAAUGCGCUGAUGAAGUUACAAUUAAACUAACGGACGUAGCUUGGGACAAUCCUGUGGACAGUCUUCGACCUAUUCGUAAUGAAAUAUGCGGGUUGUUAAAUAUUCCACCGCCAAAGUUAAAGAAAAAUGUUUCUCAGACAUCCUCGUCAAGUAAAGAGGUGGAUCAACUCGAUAGUUACAAAGAUCUUGUUACACGCCAUGGAUUUUGAGUUCGUCGAAGUUGGACUGAAGUGAAAUAAAAGAAGUGUAUAUGCAACACAUGACAGAGACAUCACGUCUUAGCCUAUAUAAAAUGAGUCUUACGUAAUAUAUGAGAACGAAAAUU